GAAAUCAAUAUCUUAUCAACUUCUAUUUUCGACAGAUGUACCAGAUUUUGAAAAUGCAGUUCCUUUGAGUAAUUUUAGCCGGUUUACCGUUGUUGAGUCUUUUCAUAUAGUGGCUCCAUCUAUUGAAGAAGAUCAUUAUCCCCCAAACAGAGUCACCGAUCUUCAAGUGAAAAGUAUUAAUCAAGGUUUGGGAAAUAUGUCCAUCUCUCUGAAAUGGACCGCUCCUGGUGAUGACGGUGACUGGGGAAAUGCUUCAAGAUAUGAAAUACGGUUUUCUGAGGCUCAUUCAGCUCUUACAGAAUGUAGUUUUGGAGACAGCCAAAAGCAGAUGUCUUUCACGAGCUCGCAGCCACUACCUAGCUAUUCAAUGGAGAUUCAAAACUUUAUUCUUACUCAAGUAGAAAAAGAUACUAUCCUGUACGUAGGCCUUCGUGCAAUUGACGAUGCGGGGAAUUAUGGGCAAGUCUCAAAUAUAGUUCCGGUGUUUUUUAAAGGUCCUGAAGUACCCACUACCACCUCGACCAGCACGCCAGUCAAAACAACGUCCUCUAUAAGUGAAGAAAUUAUUACAAGUUCAUCCACUACAUCAGAAACUGUUCAAACAACAACACCAGACGUCACCACUGGUAAAACUUCUGAACCAAAGGAAAACACAGAUGUUGAAAAAGUCAUCAUUAUUUCCACAGCAGCAUGCGGUGGGUUUCUGCUGCUUUUGAUCCUAGUGAAUGUUAUCUGUUACUACAUGUGCUGUAGAAAACAUCUAACUGGAUCGAAAGGAGACGCACUUCGAAGAAGACAUUCACCUUAUAGCGUAUACAUGAUGAGACAUCCUGCAAGUAGGCGAAAUGAACUUUCUGUAGACAGUCUUCUUCGACAGAGCAUCCAAAACAAUCAGUUCAUCCUGGAAGGCAGUGGGUUGUCUGAAACAGACCAUUCACAAUCACGGGAACCUCUUGCAAACACAGAAGUUACAGAACAGCCCAACGGAAGGGCUAACUUCCACAAAAUCAGAAACCUGGACAAGCAGGCCAGUGAUGACGUCACUAAGUCUAGUGAGUCACCUCCUGUUCCUGUACGUUCCACAAGCGAAACUCCCUACGGUACAUCCGCCCAGAUCAAAAGAUCGGACUGUGAUUAUUCAACAUUUAAUUUCCCACUUUUUGUAAACGUAUUGGACAACACUACUGAGUUAGAUAUCAGCGAUUCCCAACAGCCUUCUCGUUACAGUAAACCGCAUAAUAGAUUUCCCAAACUUCCGGUCAGGCUGCGUUCUGUUAUAGGAGUUGAGCGUGUUGGUGCUGAUGAGGAUCUUGGUAUUGUCUGAUGUUAGACAAAAUCGAACACUCGUCGCUUAAUUGUGACUUUAACUUUGGGAGAAUCUUAAGUCUGUCUAUUAGUAACCAGAAGUAAUGUUAUUAUUAUUUCCUAGGAAGUUUAUUAGCAUCAGAAAUUAACAAUAUCUUCUUGUCACACAGUCACUCGAUACUUUUGUUUGUUAUGUCUUUCAAGCAGUAGUGUUUUCUCCCAUAAACAUUGUAUAAUUUAAGAUUUGCAUAUUUCCAAUAUUAUAUUUACAAUGUAAUUACUCCUGUUAGGUACUAAUGAAAGCGUUAUUAUUACUUUUAAAAAACACACUAAAAACCAGUAUGAUUACAAAUAUAAUUAUGAAACUUUCCUUGGCAAAUAUGUCUGUUGAAUUUUUGUUUUAGUUAUCAUAAACUUGCCUUAUUACUGAGUAAGCCAGAAAAUCAAACUAAAUCUCUUCUACGUUCGGGAAAAGUAUUUAAUGUUAAAUAUCAAAAUACAAUAAUUGCUAUUGUUAUCAACUUAUUCGGUUAUUAAUGAGGAAUAUAUUAAUAUUCAAUGUCAGUUUUUACUGAUUCUAUUUCCUUGUCUAUUUCAUUUAAGUUACAUUUUUGUAGUUAGUAUAUUUACAUGUUUUUAUACAUUGGUGACUAUAAGCCCUUUUAAAAUGUUUGAAUUUUAUGUUUAUCCUUUUAUUUCUCGUUGUAAUUACUCUGUAAGGGAA